AUGAAAACCCAGAGAAUUCAGUCUUCAGAAGCGUUCGACGCUACCGUCAAGGAGACCGUCGCCAAUGCCCCCGGACGGGUAUUUAUUUUAUUGUUUGGCACGGAGGACGAGAAAACGGGAGAGUCAUGGUGCCCCGACUGCGUUAUCGCAGACCCGUUAGUCCGCAAACACGUCAGGCAGGUGGCCGACUCGACUUUGCUUGAAGUGCCCGUCGGCGCUCGUUCUGCUUGGAGGAGUCCGGACAACUUUUACCGCUCCCAUCCCCAGCUGAAACUGACAGCUGUCCCUACCCUGUUCGAAUGGGGCAAGGACGGGCCCAUCAAGAGUCUGGUGGAGGAUGAUGUGAACAACGUCGAGUUGCUUGAGAGAUUCUUGGCGUAG